AUGCCUAGAUUUUCAGAGAGAGGAGCAGACAUUAGGAGGCAGAGCAAAUUACUUUGUCAGGUUUCACUUUCCGAGUCUGCUAUACAAAGAACCAGCAGUCAAGGAAGCACGGGCAGCAGAAUGGACCUUGCAGUGCCACUGCUGAUAGUCAUGCUGCUAUGUUCACCCUGUCUCAGUGACCUGAGGGCCAGGGAGACAGAUGUAGAAAGUGUAACUGAAGAGAUGGCAGGAGUCUUGGAUACAGCAUACAUUUCUCUACCUGAUAGACAUGGGCACCACAGCACAGCUAGACCAACAGAGCCAUGGUUAGAAAGAUCUGUAAGCCAAUCAGCUGUCGUGAGAGGGAAUUCAUUCAAGUCUGCAAGGAGAGGAAACUGGUGUGCAUUUGUUCACCGUCGAGUGGUAAACACAGCCGAGCUUGAUGCCACAGAGACAUCCACAGUGAAGUCAAUUAAUCUUUGCCCCAGCGGUGACUCAGACUGCCAAAUAUUCAAGUAUCAACUCUCCUCUCAACCUGUGUACAGACAGAGGCAGCAAGUUUUAACUGCACUACACUGGAAGUGCUGCCCAGGUCAUAAAGGUCACAACUGUCAGGAGAAAGUAAACCCUACUGAAGGAGAAAGCUUGUUAAGUCAAGAGCAAACAGCAGAAACCUACACAGAUGUUUCACUUGUUGAUGACUCAGUUUGUCCCCCUCCCCCUUCAUUAAAAAUGACGAACGUCAGUAAACAGCUGGACAAGGCUAUGAAAUCACUUAGAACAUCAGGUACUGACCUGCCUGAGGAUUCAAACCAGGAUGAUGAGAAUCCUGUUCACCAAUCUUCCAGUGACCAUGUUCCAAAAAGCUCUGAUACUGCUGAAGUUCUGCAUUCAUCUGCUUCUCCACCUUUCUCAGAUUCCACCGGCCCCCUGACAGGCCAUCAAAUACUUGAAGCAAUGAUGAUUAAACUUCAGCCGGUUCUGGAUGUUUUUAAUCAGACUCUGAAGCACAUCUCCACAAAGGUUGAAGAACUUUCUACAGAUCUGCAGGAGCUAAGACUUGAACAGGAAAACAUGUUUAAAUCCAGAGAGGUCCCUUCUGAAAAAGCUGAGAAAGAACUAGAGGACAGCUUUGUACAGAUAGAACAAAUAUGGGCACAGCUGGACUCACAACAAAAACAAAUAGAAGAAACAGCCCAGCUGCAACAAAAACUUCAUCAGCAUGAGUUGACCAGUUUAAAGGAAGAACUUGACCAUCAUUUUAAUCAGAGUCAUGAUGAAAUUCAGGUGAGUCUGCAGCUUCUAAGUGAAUCAAUAGAGGAAAUAAAAUUUAAUCAUGAAAGGCUGGAGGCGACUCAGCAGGAAGAACAUGGUUUAUCAGCUAAAUUUGAUCAAAGCCAUUCACCUCCAGUGACCAGUUUGUGGAAGGACAUCAAUAGUCUGGAUAUAAAAGUGCUAAACCACACCAUGGAACUUAGUACGUUGUCUGAAAACACCAGACAUUUAACCAGUGUUGUCCAGAGCCUGGACCAUGACGUAAAGAACCUCAGCCUGACACUAGAGGAGCUCAGUCAGAGCUCAGAGGUCCAAUUUGCUGAAAUUUUACUAGAAAUAGAAGCUGCUAGAGUGACUGCACAGAAAAGUGUCAUUGAAUUAUCAUCUAGCCUGAGCAACCAAGAAAGACAAUUCAAAGAAAUUGAACUUGAUGUAGACAACAUUUACCAGCACCUCCAGAAACAUGAACCUAUUACAGCAGGAGAGAUUUGUAGCUGUAAGGAAAUCAGAGAUUCGUUGGUUCAGCUGGAACUUGAAGUAGGUAAUGUUACAGAGUUGGCAAAAGAGAACCAGUAUGCCCUGGAGGAUGCUGAAGCAAAGAGAAUCCAGAGCCACUGGACAACAGAAGUUGGGGAUCUCCAUCAGGGCUUGUUGAGUGUAAGGGAAUCUCUGGCGUUUGAGCAAGCAAAAAGAAGAACCCUUUAUGACCAGGUAUCCCAGCUGAAGACCACUCUUCUGGACAGCCAACAAGAAAUUAUUGGGCUGAAAGAGCAAGAUGUGGCCAAGACGGGUGAAAUCAGACAGCUUUCUGCAUCAUUCACCUCCUUAUUAAACGAUGCCAUUCGCCACUCAGAGGUUCUCGAGGUACUUCUGGGAAAAGAGGUCAUGGAGUUCUCAAGCUGGACAGACAACCAGCAGAAAGAGCUUGCUAUUCCUGAACUGCUACAGAGAAUACACCUGAUGCAACAAAAGGUUGAUCGUCAUGACAGCCAUCUGGCCUUUUUAAAAAAGAACAGUCGACAGAAAGAACAAAUUAACAAUGACGACCCACUGGCAUUUUUAGACUGGAGCUUUACAAACGACCAUGGAAACAAUGGUGAGGAUCACCAGGACACUUUAUUUAUUCCUUCUCAAAAGGAUGAUGAUGAUGAGGACUAUUCAGUCAGUGACUUCUGGAGCCUGGGAAAGGAAGUAGAGGAACUGGCUGAGCGACUGAGCCGUCUCGAACAUCAACACUUCAAUCACACUGCACCCUCUGGUGGCUCUUUCCUGGAGCUACAGGAAGAGGUUGCAAUCCUCCGACAGGAUCUGGAGGAGCAUUUGAGAACCUUCCAGAAUCUGUUUAGCUAUUCAGAGGAGCUGGCCGGCUCCUCAGAGAGUUUGAACUUAGAUCAGCUGUGGACUAUUAUUAGGAAGAAAGAUAGGAAGAGAAAGAAGGGGCAAGAGAUAAGCAGCAUUCGGAAGAGAAGACACACUGAACCAGGCAGGGAUAUGAAGACCAGUGACUUCUGAGCUGAGCGUGUCAACUGAAACUUCAGAUGGCAAGGAGUCUCACUGGUGCUGGUAAAAUAAACACUGGCAUAACAUAAAAUCUGAAUAUAACAUUUUCUGUCCAACACAGUGGAUGAGAACAUCUAAACAGGACAUGGAUAAUGAGCACCACCUGACUGAUGAUCAUGCCACAUCAAACCAAUUACUGUACUGUACCAAAGCUGCCCAUCUACCACAGAG